GGGAAUGUGCGUCAUGGAACGCUCGAUGAAGUGUGAUUAUUUUUGGGCCUAGUUUUGGCCACGUGAUUUCUUUAACCAGCGAAAAGCUGUAGAUUGCAUCAAGGCGCUGUUCCAUGACGCUAAUGAACUGACUGAAGGAGGAUAAUUUAUAAACCUUGUUUUUAUGGAAACAGGUGAAUAAGAAUCUUACGAAUAAUAUAAGAAUAAGAACGUCAAUUGAAGUACAAACAAGUUAUUGUACUGUUCAAAAUCCUUUUAUAAGUAUGGUGGUAUCCAUGGUCCUGCUCAGCUGUUUUUUAUCAUCAAAAGUGCCCUUUGCAAUAGAAAAUUUAUCGUAGCCUCUGUAGCAACUUUAGCAAAGCAGUUAUCGGUGUUUGAAAUAAAGAUAGAUGGGUGGUGUCCACGGUUUGCUUUUAGUUGCACUGGUUUUGUGCUUCGUCACCCAUAAAUAGAACAAGCUAAUACAAAGAAGCCGUGUUUUUUACAGAAGCGUAGACAGCCUCGAUUGAAAUGUGUUACCAUAGCUUCGGUUUCAAUGAAACAUGCCCGCUUCUUGUUUGCUCCAAAAGCGUUUAUAUAAGCACGUUUGUACUUGUUUGAGUUAACAAUGAUUAUUUUAACCUCUUAUUUGCCUAGGUUAUCAUUCUAAAUACUGCGCAGUUUUAAUUAAAAUUUGUAUAACGAAAUAUGACCGCUAGAAACAUGACGAACAAGCAGUUUUUUGUCAAGAGUGGCGAAGUAAAAAGGGCGGUAAGGCUACAGUUGAUCAUGGAAAGUGGAGAAUACAUCAUAACUUUAUAACAAAACACAGGCCUUGUUUACUGUGUUACUAUGCAAAACAUCCUUUAUAGGAACUUCAACCAUUUGCCACGGUACUCUGGUCACCAGAGCAUUGCAAAGAGGCCUCUCCUUUUACAUCUCUGCAACCUCAUUAUGACGCUUUAGUAUUGCCAUGGAAACCUCGUGUUACUUGAACUUGUAACUUAAAAAAACCAUUUUAUAGCUCCCUCUCUACCAUGGCCUGCAGUAAGCUACGUCAUAUAAUCACUUGUCUGAUUACAGCACAGGGUAUCAGAAUUUACACGUUUUGCUAAUAUGUAUUUGAAUGCUUAUGAAUAAUUGUACACAUGAUUACAAAAUUGAAUGCCUUCAAACAUAAAAUGUAAUUACUAUUGAAAGGUCUCUCAAAAUUCGUUUGCUGUUUUUUGUUUUGCUUGAACAAAGGAAAGGUUUGUUGUUUUAGCCAGAGGACAGUUUUUCUUUCGAUCAAGUCAGCUCUGCGAAGCAAAGUAGUUGAAAAGUUAAAGGAUUCAGACUGAUGCAGCUGGUUUUAUUAGCAAAUCCUUACUUGAUUUAUUUAUAAGAGAGAAGAGUAUAGAUCAUGUCGCUGUUUGAGGAGGAUAUGAGCACAGGAUAAGGUUUCUAAGAGUUUGGAUUUACUAGGAAGAUUAUACUUCUCUAUGGUCUGACCGUUUGCUGCUUUUGCUUUGUAAACAACAGUGAAUUGCCACGUAAAGUAUAAAGAUUUGUGCAGUCUUGGAAGAUACCGUCUGUCGAAGUUUUGUAGUUUUACAGCGAGAAACAGCAGCAGUCUUAUAAACUGGAGGAGACAUUGAAGCAAGGCUGUUUCAGUGGAUUUCGCUUCAUUACCAACAGGUUCUGUUUAAUCAAAAUAAUUUCCUCAAAUCAAAUGAGCGACUCCGCAACGCAGCAUUUUUCAACUGCCAUUGCGACCGUUAUUCAAUUUGCGUUCGAUCUCACCGGAGAAUACCAAGCUGACGAUAAAAAUUCGUUUAAGGGAUGCGAUGAAAAUGAGUGCGUUCUUGAUAAUGAACAAUAAAUAGCAAAUUUCUAUUCGGCGUCUUAAUCCUGUUGACCAAACUAAGUAUGGAAGUUGCUGAAAUGUGUUUGCGCCGUCCAAAUCCAAGAGAUUUUCGAAAAUGAUACCGAGCUUGUAGUGAAAAGACAAGAUGAAAAAGAUUGUAGUGCCGAUGAACAGGAAAAGUCAGAGUGUACAUUGAUAUCAGGAAGCAAAGAUCGGAGGAUAACUCUUUUACCGGCUAACUCUUUUACUCUAUCAAUCUUGACCGAAAGUAUUUAUGUUCUGCAGAGGCUAAUUUGACUAAGGUGAAAGGGACAAACAGCACCUAUCAGAUCUUAUGGAAGAUCAAUCAUAAGAAUUUGCCAAAAAUUUGAAGAAAUAUUUGAAACAGGAGUUUUGAAACAAAGUUUGCUUUGAACACGUGCGACUUGAGUCACGUUAAAAGACGAAGGCGAAGCCUACCCGGUUUUCUGGUUUUGAAGUACAUCCAGGCCCGACUGCAAUGCUGAAACUAAGAAUAGAUUCAUUGUACCCUUUCGGGAGCGUAAUUGCUGACAAAUGACACAAAGUGAUAUCAUUCAGGGAGUCGCAAAAUGUACCAAGAGAGAACCUCAUGCGCAAAAGUACAAAAAUAAAUCAUAGCAGUUAAUCAAGUCGAAAAAGCAGUUAAUCAAGGACAGAGCUUGGUAUUCGUCGAUUUCAAAACAAGUUUCAGGACAAGUUUCAGGACAAGUUUCCGGACAAGUUUCCGGACAAGUUUCCGGACAAGUUUCAGGAACGAUUUGUGCUCUAGUUUUGGUCUUUAGAAUUCAUGCUCGAGUGAAGUACUCUAUGGGUUGAUAAACCGUUGGAUUCAAUAUUGAAUAGGGAUAAUUAAAAACACAAGAAGUACACUUGUGGCCUCAACCAUCAUAAAAUUCCUACGAGUUUACAGUAUUUUUAUGACCCAGUUGGAGCCAUUUUCGAAUAAAUUUUGAAUAAAGGGGUUUUUCUUGAGCCGUAUCGACAAGUUAGGAGACUAUUUCCUGUCAGCUGUUCUUCUUCGACGUGUGCAUGUAAAGACGGAAGCCAACAAGCAUUAAGGCGUUAAUGAAUUUUUUUAUACUGGUAUGGAUUCAUAAAUACAAAAAUCGAGGUUUCUAUAAGAGAAUAACGAGCAACUUGCAAAAAGAAAGACUUCACGUAUUGUUUUAUUGAUAAUGACUGAAGGCAAGAAAUCGCGUACCAGCAAAAUAUAUGAAAAGAAAGCUUCAUGGCUCUAUUGAUUUGACACACGUACUAGCAGGUUUGAAUAGAUUUGUCAAUACAUCUUCACACUGCUUUCACCGAAAUCAAAUUGGCGUCGACCACAAAUGGCAUCGUACACCAUUGAAAUUAUCGUAUAGCUAUUGCACUAGACUAUAGUGCCAGUAAAUAAGCUAUAAACAAAGGUAACUAAACGGACGCAACAAGGCAGUCGUUAAAGGAAAUUAGUGACUUGUUACAUGAUUAACAACAUAAAGGGAAACCUGUUUUUUCGAUUGAAGACUGCAGAUACUCAAAAUGGAUUACUGAAGUGAAAGCAUCGGUUGGUUUAUAGCAGCUCAAAAGCCUGCAUCAUUGGAAGUAGAAAAUCUAGGAAUAAUUGGCUUUCUGAAUGUCUUCGAUGUUUUCGCAGUAAAGCACAGUUGAAAUUAGAAACACAGAGCCGCGUGGUGGUAGCUUCAAAUUGUCAUAAUCUUCGGUUUCCAACUAACAGCGUCAUAAUGUUCCGAGAAAUUCGGAGAAGAAGGAAUACUUGACGAUGGGCAUAACCUGUGGCCGCAUUACAAAAGUCAACGCAAGCGGUCCACAAAGAUCGUCUGCUUUGGAGUCACCAAUCAUGCUCCUGACUGGACACGGCGGAGAGGUAUUUUCCGCAAAAUUCCAUCCAUCAGGAGACACGGUUGCAUCUGGCGGGUUUGACAGGCUGAUUUAUCUAUGGAACGUAUAUGGAGAAUGCGAGAAUUUCGCUGUGUUAAAAGGACACACAGGUGCUAUAAUGGAGCUGCAUUAUUUCAACGACGGAGGCACACUAGUUUCCUGUUCUACCGAUAAAACUAUAGCAUGUUGGGAUUACGAGACUGGAAUGAGAAUAAAAAGGCUUAAGGGCCAUUCUGCCUUUGUAAACAGUUGCUGUCCGGCAAGACGGGGGCCUGAGUUGAUAGUGAGUGGCUCAGAUGAUGGCACUGUUAAGUUGUGGGACCGGAGGAAGAAAGGAGCUCUACAAACUUUUCAAAACACAUAUCAGGUGACGUCAGUCUGUUUUAACGAUACAAGUGACCAGGUGUUCUCCGGUGGAAUCGACAAUAUAAUCAAGGUUUGGGAUCUUCGUAAAAAUGACGUUCUUUACAAAAUGCGUGGACAUACCGACACGGUUACCGGUUUCAGGCUCAGUCCGGACGGAUCCUUUUUACUUUCAAAUGCAAUGGACAAUACAGUGCGAAUCUGGGACAUUAGGCCGUAUGCUCCGACAGAGAGAUGCGUAAAAGUAUUCACCGGGGUACAGCACAAUUUUGAAAAAAAUUUGCUGAAAUGUUGUUGGUCACCAGACGGGCGGUUCAUUGCUGCUGGGUCUGCAGACAGAUUUGUUUACGUGUGGGACACAGUUACAAGAAGAAUACUUUACAAAUUGCCCGGUCAUGAUGGCUCAGUGAACGAUGUCGAUUUUCACCCAUUAGAGCCCAUUCUUCUUUCGUGUGGAAGCGACAAGAAGUUGUACCUCGGAGAGCUGCAGGCCUAGGAUAACCAGUCUGACUAAACGGGCAUAAAAGAUCUUGUUUAUUGAAACAGACACAGGGCCAAUUUAAGAGCAGAAGGUUUUACAAAGCCGAUUUGACUGUCUUCUGGCCGUACCUAGGAACUGCUUUGAAGGUACAAAGUCGGACAGAGACAAAAAGCGCUCUGAUGCCUUAAACCAACUUCAUACGUCAUGUUUAUAAAAAGACUCCUUAACUGCAGAAUCAGCAGUUUUGUGUAGCAAUUUCUAGUUGUUUUUUUUAUUUUGAACUACAAAUGAAAAAUUAUAGAACAA